AUGAACAGCUUGCAAGACUAUUUUGAACAACUACAUGACAAGGAAGCAGCUUCCAUUGUGGCAGAUGUCGUAGCCCUUCUUCCUUUAAAUACCUCGGUAGUCAAUUGGAAAAAUCAAGGAGAUGUUGAGAAAUUGGAAAAAGUAGAAGAAAUGAAUGAAAACGUGGUACUGAACAAUAUGUUAUUGACAAAGGAGUCUGAAAUAGCUGCCUUGAAGGAAGUCAUUAUCAAGUGGAGAAACAGAGCAUUGGAAGCAGAUUCAAGAGCUGAGUCAUACUAUCUGGACCAGUUGAAUCUUGUUCAUCUUCAGCAUGAAAAAGAAUUGAGAUCAAUGGAGGCUCGAUAUGCCAGAAGGCUGAGUGAAAAGGAUGAUGUUAUUUCACAUCUGGAGGAGCAAGUAGGCUAUCUUGUGAGCCUUCGCUCAAGUCGUGACACAGACUGUUUUGAAUCAGACAUGGACGAAGACUACGAAGAAGACGAAGAAGACGAAGAAGACGAGGAUGAUGAUGAUGAUGAUGUUCAGAGUAUUAUCAGUAGCAUUUACGAUAGAGAUGCUGAGCAACAAUUGACUUUGAUUGAAAGCAGACCAACCAUCUAUUCGAAUGAAAAUACAACCAACACUGAUAACGAGCUGAAAUCUGAAGCUAUUUUGGAUAGUAUUCAAGACACAAUGCGUGCCAUUGAGCAGGAAUUAUCAAACAAAACUCGCCACCGUCAUCACCAUUAUCACCGUCGUUCGAUCAGCAACAACACUUACUUUUCAUCUGCUACAUUGAUCGAUUCCGCCCAAUCCACAAUGUCAGAGAACACCAUCAACACCAAAAAAAUUAAAAAAUCAACCUUUUCAUUCAAUCGUAUAUUUAAAAAGGCAUUCCCUAAACUAUACAACAAAAACAAUUUAAAAUACAAAAACAACAAAAAAACAGCACAUUCUAUCUUUAAUGAUGAUCCAAGCUGCAGCUUUCCAAGAAGCAGCACGGAUGAAACAUUGGGUGUCUAUUCAACCACAUCCACUGUAACAACUAAUGAAGGAUCAAAUAUUCAUGUUAUGAAAUUUGAAACUUUAUUAAAUCAUCAACCACAACAACAAACAAUAACUAUCUAA